AAUUUGCUGCUCGGCGUCAUUCGCUUGCCGAUAGACAUAAGAGGCGAUCGUCAAUCGUUGUCAGUGUAUUUAAAUUCAGAGAUUGUGUUGUGCCGAUAAAAAUAUGGCGAAGUUAUCAAUUGCCGUGUCUAUUGUUCUAUUGGCCUUGUUUGUUAACGACGGUGAGGCAGUCCGUUGCUGGACGUGUUCGUCAGAUAUUAACCCGCUUUGCCACGACCCCUUCGUCGCCGGGAGAUCAGACAACUCCUACUUAUUCCGCCUUGAGAACUGCGAUGCAAAUGCCGGCGCCACCUAUCCGUACCUCAGUUCGUCAAGAUCUGUUUGUAAAAAGCAGAAGAAGUACAUUGGCAAUGAAUUGGUGAUCAUCCGAGGCUGCACGUGGAAGCGUCAAGACGACACAAGCACAGCGUGUCCCAGUUCAAGCAACGGGCCAAAUGAAGUGCCCUUGUUCUGCGAAACCUGCGACUACGACGGCUGCAACGGAGCCGCAACCAUCGGCAGAACUCUAGCGUUACUAGUUGCACCUCUCGCACUCUUAUUGUUUAAGUAACAACAUUAUUCUUGGUGCCGUAACCUCAUUGUUUCUUCCAAUAGUUACCUAUUUUAACUUUAGUUCUUGAGGCUCAGUGUUAGGGACUAUUUUUAUACUAUGUAACUGGCAGUUGAAAUCAACCUUGGUUUUGUAAGAUUAAAAACAGUCAGCAUUAUUCCCUGGACCUUGUAUACUAUCCCACGUAUAAUUAGCCAGGUAGACGAUGCUGAUCUCAUUAUGACAAACGUUGUAAUGUAAGUAUAUUUGUCCAGUCCGUUAUGUAGGUGUUUAAAAAGGUAAUACAGUGGAUUCACACAGUAUUGGAUAUUGCCUAAGGCUGACUAGGCCGGGCCUAUAUGACCAUAUUGGGAACGGUCAAGCAAAAAACGACAUACGAGUGCAAUAAUUGACGUUUUGUGUUUUGAUUACACUAAAGUAAGGUACCUAAAGCCUUAUCGUGCAUAAGGCGAUAGUGAAAAUGCCUCAAUCGCGGUAGGACCAAAUCGGUGGCAAAGAAAAAUAAGCUCUGUGCCUACUGUCGGAGAUACUAUAGGAGCAAGAGCGGGCAUCGCUGAAGUCCUAUCACUGGAUUCAUAUAAGGCCAAUAUAUAAUUAUAUCGAAAUAAAUUAAAACGAUAACUGGUAACGGUUAAGCUUAUUUUAUACCUUUAAUGGAAAUGUUACGGACGGCAAAAAUCCCAGUUAGUUAUCAGAAGUGACUGAUACUUAUUUGUUCAGACUGUAAUGUUGCAGUUACAUUGUAAAAUGCAAAUGUUCAUGUUACUAAGUUCUAUUUGCGUUACGGCACAUUUUACAACAAUAACAAGUACCUUAAAGUGCAAAGUAGGUUUAGCUCACAGUUUUGGCGGGGCCAUUGUGAGGUGAAAUGCCCACCGCAGUUAUGAUGCAAAGUUAACCAGAUUUAUAAUACACCAAACUUUUAUGUACAUUAAUCUCAUUUUAUAAAUCUUUAUUAUUUUAAAGUAAUAUAUUUUUUAGUGUUAAUGUAAUGUAAAUUUAAGUACUAUGUUUUUUUUGCGUUAACAAAUACUUUACCUUUAUCACUUUCUACUUCUAACUUCUUUUUCUGCGUAUCUCUUAUCUAUUCGUUUUAAUUAUCUCGGCUUAUGAAUUAAAAAUAACAAACUAGUUGGGUGGAGGCAUCUCGAUUUAGAUUAUCUCUUGACAUUCUACACUUAAGGAUAAAUAUUAAUUAUUAUAACGAACUUAAAUUAUUAUUCAUAGACGCUAGUACAAAAAUGACUCAUGCACAAGUACCAAACACCAAUGGUGCCUUUCGAAUGGUUCAUAAAAAUUCUUAACAGUACGUUUUUGACAAUUUUCUUAAUGUCAUAUUGAUGUAAAAUAUUUUAUUCAACGCACUAACGUCGUGUUAAUAAAAAAAUACACUUUA